UAGAACACCCCAAUUUACACUUCGCCCCCCCCCUCCCUCCUCCCGUCUCCAAUCUCCUCCUCGCCGACGCCUAGGGUUCGCGCCGCCGUGUCCAGCGUGCGAUGUCCGCUUCGGGGUCCGCGGCGUCCCCGGGGGCGGGGCCGGCAGGGGGAGUGAAGGACGACGAGCUGGCUGAUCUGGUGCGGCGCCUCGUGGCCGCCCUUGGGCGCUACUCCGAUCGCCUCCCGUUCGACCUCGAUCGCCAGAAACUUCGCUCACUUACCACACUUGCCACAAUUACAAUCACCCUUAUCUUUGCCUGGAAACUGCUGAGAGCUCCUCAAGAGCAACCUUGGAGGCCACGUAGACGGGUUGCUCCAUCACCUAGCAGCACCAGCAGUAGGUCACGGCCAAGUGCCUUGACCUCAACAGAUGCUUGUUCAUCUUCAGCAGAUUCAAGAGCACAUGAAGCAAUCAACCAGCUUUUCCAGCCAGUAAAUCUGACUCUUGAGCAGCUUGUCAGGCAUAAACUGAGCGAAGGACGAAGGGUUACGUGCCGUUUACUUGGUGUGAUUUUGGAGGAAACAACUCCAGAGGAGCUGCAGAACCAUGUCACAGUGAGACCUUCUGUCCUGGAGGUUCUUCUAGAAAUUGCAAAAUUCUGUGACGUCUAUCUGAUGGAGCGCAUUCUUGAUGACGAAAGCGGAGAAAAGGUUUUAUCUGCCCUGAGUGAAGCUGGUCUUUUUACUAACGGUGCUUUGAUAAAAGACAAGGUUCUCUUCUGUAGUACAGAAAAUGGCCGCACCUCUUUUGUGCGGCAACUGGAACCAGAUUGGCACAUUGAUACUAGUCCAGAAAUUGUUCAUCAACUAGCUAGGUUUAUCAAAUAUCAGCUACAUAUUUCUCCACAACGAGCAGAAAGAGUAGCAUCCAAUGUUUUCAGCUCUACCAGCUUGGAACAAUUCUUUGGAGGCCUUGAUCAGAGAUGAUAAUAAUAUGAGGUCGAACUCCAGCGAACAAUGGCAUAGUGAGAAUUGAGACCAACAUCAUUGUUCAUUUUUCCUUGAAUGAUGGAACUCAUUUUUCUUGUACCAUGUGUAAAAGUCUUGUGUCAUGUACUGAACUGGUUCUGAAACUUCCCAUAAGCUAUGGGAAGAGAAAGCAUAUGUAGCAUACUCAAUGUAUCAAUUGUGUUGCUAUAUAACCGAAACACUUAAAACUGCCA